UUUGGGGAUCCUGAGAAUAGCUUGAAAGUGUUGCAUGAGGAGCAGCUGAGGAGGAGGAAGCGGAAGAGAAGGCGGGGAGGGGGGGUGAAGGGCUUGGAAAGGAGGCAGAGCUUGCAGGAGGCUGCAGAAGCCUCCUGGGCAUAAUAACGAGCAGGACUUUCCUGAGUUUUCGGGGGCAUCCUUGAGUCUGCAGCAGGGUGCAAGAGGACAGCGCUGCCUGAAGGAUUGCACGUGAUCUUACACACACACACACCUUGACAGCCUGAAGGAUUCUGGGCUGCUGCAUGCUUUGGAGAAAGAGCAAGAAAUCCCCUUCCUGGCCUUCUUGGAAAUGCAGCUGGGCAGGCCAAGCCCGGAGCUGGACACAAGUGCCUGGACAGGCCAGAUCCGGGAGCCCGGUGAGCCUUGCCUGCUCUCUGCAGCCUUUCUGGCCCUCCUGCCCUGCCCUGCCCUGCUGCAGUGGGCCCUGAAGUCAGUGGCUGCCUGCUGGGCGGAAGAAGCAGCCCACAGGCCCUGACAGCCGCCUCCUGGGCACUGCCCUCCGUAGCCCACCAGAGCAGCCGGCCUGCUGGAGAUCAGCUGCCAGGGCUGCCGUGUCUGCUCUGGUGAAGGGAGCCCAGCUCCUCCCAGCCCCUUGCUGCUGCCCCAGGGCUCAUCCCAGCACAGGGGACAUCGGGACACAGGAAGCUGCCUUCUUCCCAGUCGGACUCUUGGUCCAUCCAGCUCACCAUUGUCUACCCAGACUGGCAGCAGCUUCAUCGAGGUUUCAGACAGGAGAUGCUGCCAGAGAGGGGACUUGGAGCCUUCUGCAUGCAAGCCUGCAGGUAAAUGUUGGGAGAGGAAGAAUGAUAGAAACCCAAUGGAUGGAGCUGCUAGAUGGGAAAAAAGGAAACAAGAGAGACUAAAAACUGGAGAACACUGGGAGAACAGGAAUGAAUAAAAAGCUUUUCAGCAUGUAAUCCAGCAAAUAACACAGCAAGCAGGAGAAAGAAACCUGUGUCCUCCGUGUAGGAAAAGCUCCUCUAUUGAACCCAGCUUUCAAUCUUAGAAGGAAAUGAAAGCAAGGAAGAAACCACAUAAAUGCCUGGAAUGUGGAAAGAGCUUCAGCAAGAGUGGAGAAUUUACUAUACACCAAAGAACCCACACUGGGGAGAAACCACAUAAAUGCUUGGAGUGUGGAAAGAGCUUCAACCAGAAAGCACAUCUUAUUGUACACCAUAGAACCCAUACUGGGGAGAAGCCACAUAAAUGCCUGGAGUGUGGAAAGCGCUUCAGCACAAGUGGACAGCUUAUUAUACACCAUAGAACCCACACUGGGGAGAAACAAUAUAAAUGCCUGGAGUGUGGAAAGAGCUUCAGCAUGAGACAACAACUUACUCUACACCAAAGAAGCCACACUGGGGAAAAACCACAUAAAUGCUUGGAGUGUGGAAAGAGCUUCAGCCAGAGAGCAAAUCUUAUUGUACACCACAGAACCCACACUGGGGAAAAACCACAUAAAUGCUUGGAGUGUGGAAAUUGCUUCAGCCAGAGAGUACAACUUAUUGUACACCAUAGAACCCACACUCGGGAGAAACCACAUAAAUGCCUGGAGUGUGGAAAGAGUUUCAGCACAAGCGGAUAUCUUAUUAUACACCAUAGAACCCACACUGGGGAGAAACCACAUGAAUGCCUGCAGUGUGGAAAGAGCUUCAACCAGAGAGCACAUCUUAUUGAACACCAUAGAACCCACACUGGGGAGAAACCACAUAAAUGCCUAGAGUGUGGAAAGAGCUUCAGCACAAGACCACAACUUACUGUACACCAUAGAACCCACACUGGGGAGAAAACACAUAAAUGCCUGGAGUGUGGAAAGGGCUUCAGCACGAGACCACAACUUACUGUACACCAUAGAACCCACACUGAGGAAAAACCACAUAAAUGCCUGGAGUGUGGAAAGACCUUCAGCCAGAGAGCACAUCUUAUUGUACACCAUAGAACCCACACUCGGGAGAAGCCACAUAAAUGCCUGGAGUGUGGAAAGAGCUUCAGCACAAGAGGAGCUCUUACUGUACACCACAGAGCCCACACUGGGGAGAAACCACAUAAGUGCCUGGAAUGUGGAAAGAGCUUCAGCACAAGUGGAAAACUUACUAUACACCUCAGAACACACACUGGAGAAAAACCACAUAAAUGCUUGGAGUGUGGAAAGAGCUUCAGCACAAGUUCAUAUCUUAUUGUACACAACAGAACCCACACUGGGGAGAAACCACAUAAAUGCCCAGUGUGUGGAAAGAGCUUCAGCACGAAUGGAGAACUUAUUGUACACCACAGAACCCACACUGGGGAGAAACCACAUAAAUGCUUUGAGUGUGGACAGAGCUUCAGCACGAGUGGAGAACUUACUGUACACCACAGAACCCACACUGGGGAGAAACCACAUAAAUGCCUGGAGUGUGGAAAGAGCUUCAGCCAGAGAGCACAUCUUAUUGUACACCAUAGAAUCCAUACUGGGGAGAAACCACAUAAAUGCCUGGAGUGUGGAAAGAGCUUCAGCACGAGACCACAACUUACUGUACACCAUAGAACACACACUGGGGAGAAACCGCAUAAAUGCUUGGAGUGUGGAAAGAGCUUCAGCCAGAGAGCUCAUCUUAUUGUACACCAUAGAAUUCAUACUGGGGAGAAGCCACAUAAAUGCCUAGAGUGUGGAAAGAGCUUCAGCACCAAAGGAACUCUUACUGUACACCACAGAGCCCACACUCGGGAGAAACCACAUAAUUGACAGGAAUGUGGAAAGAGCUUCAGCACAAGUAGAAAAGUGUGGAAAGAGCUUCAGCCAGAGAGCACAUCUUAUUGUACACCAUAGAAUCCAUACUGGGGAGAAACCACAUAAAUGCUUGGAGUGUGGAAAGAGCUUCAGCACAAGUUCAUAUCUUAUUGUACACAACAGAACCCACACUGGGGAGAAACCACAUAAAUGCCCAGUGUGUGGAAAGAGCUUCAGCACGAAUGGAGAACUUAUUGUACACCACAGAACCCACACUGGGGAGAAACCACAUAAAUGCUUUGAGUGUGGACAGAGCUUCAGCACGAGUGGAGAACUUACUGUACACCACAGAACCCACACUGGGGAGAAACCACAUGGAGUGGAGUAGCACUGUAUGUUAAAGAAGGGAUAGAAUCUAACAAGCUAGAAAACCUAGUUGGACUGGAGUCCUCCACAGAAACCCAUACAAGACCUGAAUGGGAACGUGCUACUGGGGACGUGCUAUUGCCCUCUGGAUCAAAACGCUGACAGCGACUGGGAGUUGCAGGAGGAAAUCAGGGAGGCAUCAAGGAGAGGCAGGGCUGUAAUAAUGGUUAACUUUAAUUACCCACACAUAGGCUGGGUAAAUUCAGUCAGGUAAUGACAAAGAGGUCAAAUCAGAUACGCUGAGUAACUGUGCCCUAGAAGAGUUGGUCUUGCAACCAACCAGAGAGAAGGUGACCUUGGACUUCAUCCUGAGUGGCAGUGGCACCCAGGACCUGGUGUGUGAUGUCAGUAUCAUCAACCCUUUUUAGGGAACAGUGACCAUAGUGUGAUCAAAUUCAGGGAUAGAAUCACCAAGGAAGUCUAACACAGACAUUUUGAAUUUUGGAAGAGGAAACUUCUCCAAAAUGAGGAGUAUGGUGAAAAGAAAGCUGAAAGGGAAAAUCAGGAGAGUCACUUUGCUAGAGUGCAUGGAGUUUACUCAAAAUCACAGUACUAGAAGCCCAGUUAGAUUGUAUACCCCAAAGGAUGAUAUACCCCAGCAUGGCUAACAUUCUACAACAAUGUGCAAAGAGGCAAAAAGAGACUUUGAGGAACAUUUAGCCUAAAAAGUCAAGGGGAAUAACAAAAACUUCUUUAAAUGCAUCAGAAGCAGGAAACCUGCCAGGGAGGCAGUUGGACCAUUAGACAAUGACGGAGUGAAAGGGAUUAUUAAGGAGGAUAUGGAGGUUGCAGAGAAGCUAAAUGAGUUCUUUGCCUCUGUCUUCAUGGCAGGGGAUACUGAGCAUAUACCUGUUCCUGAACCAGGCUUUUCGGGGAUGGAGGCUAAAGAACUGAGUCAGAUAGAAGUGACAAGAGAUGAUGUUCUAAACUGUCUGGAAAAACUGAAGACUAGCAAAUCGCCAGGGCUGGAUGGCAUCCAUCUAAGAGUCCUUAAAGAACUCAAAUAUGAAAUUGCCAACCUCCUUGCAAAAAUAUAUAACUUAUCCCUACAAUCAGGCUGUGUACCAGAGGACUAGAAAGUAGCAAAUGCAACACCGAUUUUCAAAAAGGGGUAAUCCAGGAAAUUACAGGCCGGUUAGCUUAACAUCUGUUCUAGGCAAAUUGAUGGAAAGCAUCCUCAAGGAUAAAAUUGUAAAGCACAUAGAAGAACAGGCCCUGCUGGGGGAGAACCAGGACGGUUUCUGCAAAGGGAAAUCUUUCCUCAUGAAGCUUUUGGAGUUCUUUGAGAGUGUCAACAAGUGUGUGGAUCAAGGUGAUCCAGUUGACAUGGUAUAUCUGGACUUCCAAAAAGAUUUCGACAGAGUUGCUCAUCAAAGACUCCUGAGGAAACUUAGCAGUCAUGGGAUAAGGGGACAAAUACAUGUGUGGAUUGCUAACUGGUUGAAAGACAGGAAACAGAGGGUAGGUAUAAAUGGAGAGUUUUCACAAUGGAGGGAAGUAAGAAUUGGGGUUCCCCAGGCACUGGUUUACUGGGACUGGUGCUUUUUAAUUUAUUCAUAAAUGAUCUAGAAGCAGGGGUAAGCAGCGAGGUGGCCAAAUUUGCAGAUGAUACCAAACUCUUCCGGGUAGUGAAAUCCAUAACUGAUUGUAAAGAGCUCCAAAAGGAUCUCUCCAAACUGGGUGAGUGGGCGACAAAGUGGCAAAUGCGGUUCAAGUUUAAAGUGAUGCACAUUGGGACGAAGAACCCCAACUUUAAGUAUAUCAUCAUCAUCAUUAUCAAUUUUAUUACGGCCAUUGGCCAGCAGAAAUAGGAGUAACAAAUAUACUCAAUACAAUGAUCAAUAAAACAGAAUACAAUCACUCAUAAUAAAUUACUUAAAAACAAUAGAAGCUCUCACAAUUAAGCACUUAAUAGGGACCUUAACCUAAUGGCAAUGUAGAAAAAUUUAGCCACGAUUGUCAUCAUCCCGGGACUUGAAUCUGCGAGGCAGUAAUAUGUAUAAAAGAGCUCACACCUUCCGGGAAAUGUGAGUAACAGAGGGGAAAUAAGUUCUUCUCUAGCAUCCCGAUAUAAAGAGCAAUAUAGCAAUACAUGGGUGACAGUUUCCAGGAGGCCAAAGCCACAAGGGCAGAAAACCGCAACAGGAUGAUCUUUAGCAAACCUCCGUUCCAAAAGAGAAGAGGGCAACACAUUUAACCGGGCCCAAGCAAAUGAAACCCGAAAUUUAGAAAAAUGCAGCGUCGUACGUAGUUAGCACCUCUAUCUCCCCAAGGUGGCAAAAUCCCAAAAUGUCAAGGGGGACCUUCAAGUAUAUGCUGAUGGGAUCUGAGCUGUCGGUGACUGACCAGGAGAGGGAUCUUGGGGUCGUGGUGGACAACUCGUUGAAAGUGCCGACUCAAUAUGCGGAGGGUGUGAAAAAGGCCAAUUCCAUGCUAGGGAUCAUUAGGAAGGGGACUGAAAACAAAACUCCUAAUAUUAUAAUGCCCUAAUACAAAACUAUGGUGUGGCCACACCUGGAGUACUGCGUACAAUUUUGGUCACCACAUCUAAAAACAUUGUAGAACUGGAAUGGGUGCAGAAGAGGGCAAACAAUUUGAUCAGGGGCCUAGAGCCCCUUUCUUUUGAGGCAAGGCUACAACACCUGGUGCUUUUAAAUUUAGAAAAAAGACUGUGGGGAGACAUGAUAGAGGUCUAUAAAAUCAGGCCUGGUAUGGAGAAAGAGGACAGAUAGAAAUUCUUCUCCCUCUCACAUCACACUAGAACUAGGGGUCAUCCCAUGAAACAGAUUGCCAGGAAAUCUAGGGCCAACAAAUGGAAGUACUUUUUCGCACAACACAUAAUGCACUUGUGGAAUUCUCUGCCACAAGAUGUGGUGACAGUCAACAACCUGGAUGCCUUGAAGAGGGGUUUGGAUAACGUCAUGGAGGAGAGGUCUAUCAUCGGCUACUAGUCGGAGGGCUUCAGGCCACCUCCAGCCUCAAAGGCCUGAUGCCUCUGAGUACCAGUUGCGGGGGAGUAACAGCAGGAGAGAGGGCAUACCCUCAACUCCUGCCUGUGGCGUCGAGCAGCAUCUGGUGGGCCACUGUGCAAAACAGGAUGCUGGACUAGAUGAGCCUUGGGCCUGAUCCAGCAGGGCUGUUCUUAUGUUCUUAAAUGCCUGAAGUGUGGAAAGAGCUCCAACCUGAAUAAACACCAUAGAACGCACACUGGGGAGAAACCACAUAAAUGCCUGGCGUGUGGAGAGACUUCAGCACAAGUGGAGCUCUUACUGUAUCCCAUAGAAUCCACAUAGAGAACCACAUGAAUGCUUGGAGUGUUCAAAAGAACAUCGGGAGGAAGGCAAGACUUACUGCACAUGAGCAAACUCACAGAGCAUAAAAAUCAUACACCUGAAACUGCAGAGAAACCUGGGAAACUGCCUCACUGUGUGAAAUAUACAACCUUGUCCAAUUUCUUUUUCUCUUUUUACUUGUUUUCACCCUUGUUACCUUCUGAGGGAAUUGAGGCCAAGUGUUCAUACUGGUGUGUUUGGUUCUGUGUUAAGAAUAAGUGUGCAUCAUUCGGUCCAACUGAUUCAUGAAUAUUCGUGUUUCACAGCAUUCCCUUGCUUUUCCUUGCCUAGGAAUACCGCUCUGUGUUGGUUGGUGUUGAUAAUACUGAGCUGAAUGGACCAGUAGUGUGACUCAGUUCUGGAGCUUCAUAUGUCCAUCUGGAGCACGUCUCACUCAGGAGUUGAGCCCCUGCUUUCCAUGCCAGAGGUCCCAGGUUCAAUCCCUGGCAGCAUCCACAGAUAGGGCUGGGAUAGAGGUUGCCUGGAACCUUGGAGGGUCGCUGCCAGUCAGUGUAGACCAGUGUUGAACAACUUUGUCCCUCCUGCCGUUGUUGGCUACAUCUCGCACCACCUCUGAUUAUUGAUGACUGUUGCUGAGCCUGCUGGGAGUUAUAAUCCAAAGGGUUCAAGCUGUGCUCACCUGGGUCAGAUAGUACUGAAGUAGAUGGAGGUUGGCUUAGUCUAUAUCAGGCCUGCUCAACUUGGGCCCCCCCCCCAGCAGUUCUUGGACUACAACUCCCAUGAUCCACAGCCACAGUGGCCAAUAGCCAGGGAUUAUGGGAGUCGUAGGCAAACAUCUGCAGGAGGGCCGAAGUUGAGCUGGCCUGGUCUAUAUACAGCUUCUUCCAGAGUUCCACAUAGCACACACACACGGUGCUUAGGAGCACAUUAGCAGAGAAAGCAGAGAGAAAUGGAUAGUUCUAAUUGUUGGAGAUGAACUUCCAGUGCAUCGACCUUUUGCACCAACUGUCCUAAUGACCACUAGGGGCAUUGGGAGUAGAGACAGUGAGUCAGGGUCUCCCAAUCUGUCCUCACUCUAUGACCCCUGAACGGACUCUGCAGCACUUCCUGUACUGAGUCACAAUCCUUCCUUUCCUCCUAGAGAGCAGAUGGAAACCUCUCUCUCUCUCUCUCCUUACCUAUCCAUUAUGUAGUCCUUUAGAUUAGAGAUAGGGCUUUCCUAUCUAAGUGUAUUUAACCAAUAAAU